AUAUAUACAGUGAAUAUGAGUGGUUUAAUCAGACCAGAACGCGAUCAGUGUGUUCUGCUCUUCCGUGUUUUGUUUAAACCGAAAGUAAAUCUUGACCGUCGGCGAUCAGAAAACUCAGUAAGCACUUCUGGGAUUUUCAACAAGUCUGCCUUUAUUCUUGAAGAACACAACAAAACACCUGUGAAAAUGAGUUCCCCUGAUGAUGUUAUAGAUGGGAGACACCAGAAUGGAAGGUCUGCCUCACCUGAACCCAGCGCUGUGUCUAUGAGAAGUCAGCAGUCAAUGGGAACACCAAUACGGUUUCAACAAGCAGAGGAGAAAAGGGCCACAGAGUCCCCUGAACCCAGUGUUGUGUCUAUGAAGAGUGAGCAGUCGAUGGGAGCACGAAUAGUGUUUCAGAGCGAGAAAGAAAGAAAUAAACGUGGCAUAUCAGAUCCGUUGAUGGUGCUCAAUGCUGAUUCCCUGGACCUGAACAAAGAGCAUCAGAGCAGUAAUGAAGAACUGAAUCAUGUGUGGAAGAAAAUAUUCAAAUCAAAAAUGCACAACAAAUUUCAGAUGAUUAAUGAGGGAAUCUCAAUGUAUGGAAACUUAAGACUUCUAAAUGAGAUUUACACAGAACUCUACAUCACAUCAGAUUCUGGGUUUGGACACAUCAGUAAUGAACAUGAUGUCAGAAGUGUUGAAAAGUCACAUAGGAGACUAAUAACGCUGGAGUCCAUCAAUUAUAAUGACAUAUUUGAAGCUUUACAUGGAGAUGAGAAACCGAUCAGAGCUGUGCUAACAGAAGGCAUUGCUGGAAUUGGGAAAACAGUUUCUGUUCAGAAGUUUGUCCUGGACUGGGCUGAAGGAAAAGCAAAUCAGGAUUUGGACUUUAUUUUUCCAUUUAACUUCAGGGAGUUGAAUUUUAAGAAACAAGAACAUCUCAGUUUGUUGGAGCUUCUCCAUUUUUAUUUCCCAGAAACCAAAGAACAUAAAUUAGACUUUCAUCGUUACAAAAUCUUGUUCAUCUUCGAUGGACUGGAUGAGUCUCAUAUUUCUCUGGAUUUCACAAACAGUAAAAUGUUGACUGAUCCAACAGAAUCAGCUAGAAUAGAAGCUCUGUUAACAAACCUUAUUAACAGGAAUCUGCUUCCAUCUGCAUUUCUCUGGAUAACAUCUCGACCAGCAGCAUCCAGUCAGAUUCCUGCUGUUUAUAUUGACAGAGUAACAGAGGUACAAGGCUUCAAUGACCCUCAGAAAGAUGAGUAUUUCCUGAAAAGGAUCACAGAUAAAACCCUGGCUAAUAAAAUAAUCUCUCACCUAAAGUCAACUCGGAGUCUUUAUAUUAUGUGCCACAUCCCAGUCUUCUGCUGGAUUUCAGCGACUGUUCUUGAGGGAAUGUUCAGUGAAGCAGAAAGUGGAGAGAUCCCAAAGACCCAGACUCAAAUGUUCACACAUUUCCUAAUCUUACAGAUAAAACUCGGAUCCCAAAAGUACAAAAAAUGUGGAAAGAAUCCUGGACAGAUUGCAGACAUUGUAUUUAAACUGGGAAAGCUGGCGUUCCAGCAGCUGGAGAAAGGAAACCUGAUCUUCUAUGUGGACGACAUCAUUGAGUGUGGGAUUGAUGUCCAAGAGGCCACGGUGUACUCAGGGGUUUGCACUCAGAUCUUUAUUGAGGAAGUCACUUCACACCUGGGGAAAGUAUACAGCUUUGUGCAUAUGAGUGUUCAGGAGCAUCUUGCAGCUAUGUAUGUAUUUCUCUCAUGUGUCAAUGGAAAUCUCUCAAAACAACAAACCCCUGUAAUCCUCGGCCUCUCUAGCAAAGCAACACUGAUAGACCUUCUAAAGACAGCAGUAGACAAGGCCUUACAGAGUAAGAAUGGAUACCUGGACCUUUUCCUUCGCUUCCUCAUGGGUCUCUCCCUGGAGUUCAAUUUGGUUCUCUUCCAGUGCCUACUGACAGAGACAGGAUGCAGCUCUCUGAGCAAAGAUGCUGCUGUCAUAAACAAGGAAAUAACCACGUACAUCAAGGAGAAGAUUAGAGAGAAUCCAGCAGAAUGCAAAACCAUCAAUCUCUUCUAUUGUCUGUAUGAAUUGCAUGACCAGUCUCUGGUACAGGAAGUUCAAGGCUUUUUGAAAAAAAGAGAAAAUUAUCGACUCCGUGGACUCCAACUUUCUCCAGUUCAGUGGUCAGCUCUGGUUUUCUUGUUGCUGACCUCAGAAGAGGACCGAGAAGAGUUCAACCUACAGAAGUAUGCAGCAUCGGAUGAAUGUCUGAAGAACAUGUACUUACUUAUCGUUGCAUCCAGAAAAUUACUGCUGUGUGACUGUAACCUUACAGAGGAAAGUUGUAAAAGUCUGGCCAAAGCUCUCAGAUCAGAAUGUUCCUGUGUGAGAGAACUGGACCUGAGUGAUAAUAAACUGUAUGAUUCAGGAGUCAAACUGCUUGCUGUUGGGCUAAAGAAUCCACAGUGUAAAUUAGAGAUCCUACGACUUGGUGACUGUGGUCUCACUGAGGAAAGCUGUGCAGUUAUUGCUUCAGUUCUUUCCUCUACGUCAUCACGUCUAACAGAGUUGCGUCUCAGCCGCAAUAAACUGGGGGAUUCAGGAGUAAAUCAGCUCUCAGAGGCUCUGCAGAGCCCCAACUGUAAACUAAAGACACUGAGGAUGAAUUCCUGCAGCAUUACAGAGGAAGGAUUUACUGCUUUGAUUUCAGCAUUGAGGUUGAACCCUUCUCAUCUGAGGAUGCUGGAUGUGGGUAGAAAUAAAGCAGGACAGACAGGCCUUGACUUGCUCUCUGAGUUCUUAAAGGAAGAAAGCUGUAAACUGGAGAAAUUAAAGUUAUUUGACUGUGGCAUUACACUGGAAGGUGGGACUCAUCUGAUUUCAGCUCUGAUAUCAAACCCUUCUCACCUAAAAGAACUGGAUCUGGGCUGGAAUAAAAUAGGAGACCUAGGAAUGAAAUUAAUCUCUGAUCUCCUAAAGAUUGAACUCUGUAACCUUGAGAUAUUAAAGUUACAUGACUGUAACAUUACAAUGGACGGCUGUGUCGCUCUUGCUGCAGCUCUGAGCUCAAAAUCACCCCUGAGAGAGCUCGAUCUGAGCUGUAAUGAUUUAGGAGACCAGGGAGUUAAACUGCUAACUGAUAUAAAGGAGAAUGAAAAGUACACACUGGAGAAGUUGGAGCUCUGAGAUCUUGUGACCUGACCUGGUUUAAGUCUUGUGGAGACAACAGCUAACACAUACUCACACUUUCUUAAACAUCCAUCAUCAUUCCUGACACAAUUGCUUUCUAGACUCAGAUGAGUAAUAGAUGAGUAUUAUGGCUAAGUUUUCCACCUUUGUAGCUAAUCAAGCAAACUUAGGUGUUUAAGUGGUGUUUGUUGUUAGCUUCCAGGUCAACAGAAUGCCUUCAGAAUCAUAAAGAAGCUCAGAAAUAUAGUAAAUAUAGUACAGCUGGAAACCAAACUGCUGAUUGUGCUGUUGGUUGUAGGAGAUUUGUGUGAUUACCACUAGUUUUAGCUUCACUAAUGGAUUUGGAUGGAAAUAAAUUAAUGGAAAAUGUAAUUAGUGUGGUAUGAUUGAUGUUGAUUGUUAGUGUGACAAAGCUCUUACAGAAAAAACUCACAUGUGAAAUAAUGUUUUUUCACAAAUUUCAUGUUGUUUUAAAUGUGAGCAGAUUAGAGCUAGCUGCAGGUGGAAGUAGGGUACGUCUGACACCCAAUGUCAAAAACCUCAAGUAUGGAAAACUAGCGGUUGUGCAGAAGCCUCCAGCUGGUCAAGCAGAAGCUUGUCCCAAAAGUCUGCUGAUUUGCUGAAGUCCCUGUUUGAACAGAGGUCCUUUGUUGUUCAAAAACAUCCAGGUGGACAAGGAUCUAUAGUGGGAUAAAUGUCCCUGCUUGCUAAAGUCCUAUGCUGGGCCUCUGGAUGACUAGUUGUUUUGGGAUGAAGUCCAUGAUUAGGCAAAUGCUUGAGGUUGGGCAGAUGCCUGACGGGGGGCUGAAGUCCAGGGUUGGACAGAAGCUCUUGGUUGGUAGAAUGCUCAAACUGCUAAUUGAUAGCAGAGGCAUGGGCAGAAGUCUGAGUUCCUCAUUGGUCAGUUGGCUGAAGAUGUGCAGAAACCUGAGUUUUACCUAUUGCCUGCUAAAGCCCUACCAGACUGGGGUAAAACCUGAGGUCGAUGCUCCUUGGUCGGAUUCCUGAGGUUGGGCUAAAGCCAUAAAAAAGCAUAUGCUUGGGCAGAAAACUGUCUGAGAAGAAACUAGUUAAAGCCCUGCUUUGGGUGAAGCCAGAGAUUUUGGCAGAUCCUAAUAAAGAAAAAUUCAUUGAUUAAAUUUUAUUUGUAUAGCACUCAUAACAAUGGAGAUUGUCACAAAGCAGCUAUACAGAAAUACUGUUAUACUAUUGUUUUUAUUGUUUUUUGAAAACAUACAUGAUAUAUAUGAAAACACACUAGUUCACAUGUUAAACUAAAAACAAGUUUAUGUAAAUAGUUUUUGUGGGUGUUAGAUUGAGUUUUGUGUGAUGGAAGAGUCCAUGUGAGCAGACAGAAAGUACAGAUUGUACAUACUGUAGGUACUGAUAUGUUGACCAAAGCUCAAACAGAAGGCUUAUGGAAAUGAAAUAUGUAGUUUGUAGAAGUGAAGAUGUACUUUGUGUUCUGUAAAUUCAUGUCUGUACAAAUAACCAACUUUGAUGUUAUCACUUUAACUGUAUUUUACUCAAAGUUCCUGUGCUACUAUAACAUUGCUUAUUUAUACACAAUGGGCCCUUUUUUAGAGCGCCGACACAGUAAAAUGAUUUGCAGAAAGUUUAAAGCCAGUUACAGGAGAUCUGUGCAACGAUUAUAUCAGUUGUUUAUGUCAAAUUCAUUCUCAUUAACAUUUAUAUCUCAUUCUAUCCAAACUCAUCCCUUAUCACUUGUGGUGAUAUUUCAAGCUGUUUCUUUCUGAUAAUUCUUUCUGUUAAACUGUUCAACUCAUUUUUGUUGUUGUGGAAGUGAAGUUACUCUGGAUGUGUGAAAGGGCCCAGUGUUUCUGUUUUACACUCUUUACCAACUGUUUAACAUCUGUGUGGUCUCUCAUCUGUGACAGGGUUGUUUUUGUGAUAAUAAAUAAAAUCUAAAGCACAAGAACCUUUGCUAUUUUUUAUAUAUCGUAUUUACACAAGACGAAUGAAUGAAUGAAUGAAUGAAUGAUUUGUUCAGUAUAUGCUUUAGUAGAUAAAUAUUAUUAGUGCAUUGAGGUGCUGUUUAAUAAAGUGCACAUGAUCUACUCACACAUGAGAGAUGAAGGUCAUGGAGAAACAUGACUGGUUUUAGUACUGCAGUUUAUCUAAAGUACAAUAUAAUAAUAAAAUCUAAAAUAUUUUAAAAUAAGUUUACAUUAAUAAUAAGUUUACUUAUUUGAGAGGAAGAUUCGUAAAUAAAGACAAAGAUCAUGGAAGUUCUUUUGGUUCUUCUGACAAUUUUAUCUCCAAACUUUCUUCAGGGUAUCGACUGAUGUGCAGUAUGUUAAGUAAAGUGUGAGUUUAGAUAAAGUUGAUUUAAAAUAUGCUCUGAAUUUUAAUAUAGUCUUCUUUGUUCCUGUGUGUGUGUGUGUGUGUGUGUGUGUGUGUGUGUGUGUGUGUGUGUGUGUGUGUGUGUGUGUGUGUGUGUGAGUCAUUAUUAUUGAGUUCCCACCUUAUUUGCAUACUUGUGUGGUUUCCUUCAUCAACCACGUACUACUAUAUCACCAUUAUAUAUAUACUAUAUCAUACAUUUUAAACAAGAUUAAAGGUUUAUUGUUUAGAGCCUAGAAGGAGUUCUGAGUUCUGGAUCAUUAACGACCCCUAAAAGUCUUACAUGGUGAAAUUAAAUAGAGCACAUACAUAAAGAUCGAGAAUGAUGGAAGACCAUGUGACGUUCUCUCUCUCUCUCUCUGUGUGUGUGUGUGUGUGUGUGUGUGUGUGUGUGUGUGUGUGUGUGUGUGUGUGUGUGUGUGUGUGUGUGUGUGUGUGUGUGUGGACUCGUGGUUUUUUGGGGACUUCCGCAAAAACGAAACAGAAAUAACGGAACUUCGGUGAACGAUUACACCACAACAAGAGAGAGAGAGAGAGAGAGAGAGAGAGAGAGACUCCACGGAAAAUGGAGUCUGUUGUGAAUAAUGCGUAGUGAAUGUGUUAAAACCACGAACGAGGCUAGCGUAAAAAGCCCCCUAAAAAGGAGAUCAGCUCCCUAAAACUUGGACUCAGCACGAAAGCGUACAUCCAGCGUGAAACACACGCACAACCCGUUUUGUAGUGUUGUGAAUCAACUAAGUUGCCCCAAAGCUGUGUCUCACACUGCUUUCCUUGUACCAUAUCGGUGAGUAUUGGAGUCAGUAUCCUGCAUCACCAUGGUACACCUAUAAUAAGUGUUUAUUUUCGGACUAUUUUAGUCCACCGGGACGCCUCCGCUGUAGAGCUCACAGGACAAGGGUGAUUCGUCCAUAGUCAUAAACGGAGAGAAGUAGCGCCGGUUACAAUGUUCUUCCGCAAGACGCAAGCAGUUCUGUCUGUUUAUUAACCGCUAGGAGCGUGAAACGAAACUGCGUACCUGUGUAGUGCGUAGUUGUGUCUCUGUUGGUAAAGUUUAUUUAUAUCUUUACUUUCGAAGUAUUUUCAAGACCUCUGUAAAUAAUCUGGAUAUUUUGGACUUUUUGGUUUUACCUUAUUCCUUUUUUUUUUUUGCUCUUGAUGUGAAGCUUGUUUUAUUAUUAUUUAUUGAUGACUUAUUUUGGUUUAUGAAAGUUCAGACAUGCGUGCAACCAGAUAUAUUAGAGAUGGCCAUUUGUAAAUAAUUUACAGAAGAUGAAUUACAUUUUGUUGUCCAAGUACCUGUUACUUUGUUCAGUGACAAUAAAGUUGAAUCUAAUCUAAACAAUCUGAUGACUGUUGAUACAAAAGGAGGCACAUGGAGUUAACGGUCCGGAAAACCAGCUGAGUGAAGAAGGUUGUGUGUUUGUUACAGGGGGCUGUGUGUGUGUCUGUGUGUGUGUUUGUUGGAUAAAUUAGUUGUAUAAUUUUAAAAUAUACUUCUCUAAUUUUAUUGUUAAUGCAACAUUUAUUAUUGUCCAAACCAAUUUCCAAUUAAUAUUCUUAAAGAGUCUGUCCCAGUAUUUGCAAUAUUGCUGGGCAGUGAAGUAACUCCCUAAAAAGUUUAUUAUUACAUUUAUUGUCUUUAAUAUUAAUACCAUUAAAAAAUUAUUUAUUUUCUUAUUUCUAUUUUUUAAUCAAAUUAAAUCAAAUUUGUCACAUACACAUACAUACAGUGAAAUGCUUUUUGCAUAUGUUUGGUAUAUAAGCAUAAAUGGAAUGCAAUUUAGGAUAAAAACAAAUUAGGAGCACCGAGUCAAGUUGACCUUGACUGUUUUGACUGCUUAUAAAUAAUGAAGUAUAUAUGAUUGCCUUUUUUUCACCUUUUUUUUGUCUUUGUUUCCAACAUAUUAACAUAUUUUUUUCAAAAAUGUUUGUAAUAUUUGGUAUAAUGAACCUCAUUAAUAUGCAAAAAUGCCUCAUUUUCUAGUAAAACUUCACUAUAGAGGCACAAAAGUUGAUGCACAAUUACAGGAUGGUAUAUUUCAAAGCCAGGGGAUUCUUUUGAAACUAUUUUGACCAAUUUUAAUGUCAGCAAAUAAUAAAACCUGUUUUUUUCCAGGCCAAAUUGACUUGAAUGCUUAUAAAUAAAAAAUCUACAAUUAUCA